AUGGCACCUUCGAGCAAGAGGAAAGCGAUCAAUGACGAUUUUAUAACCACAAUUUCCGACAAUGAGGCCGACGACUUCGUGGAGGAGGAGGAGGUGAUUCAGGAGGAAGCUCCUCCCAAGAAAAAGUCCAAGACCACCCCGAAAAAGAAGCAAAAGCGACCCAGCAAGAAGGCAAGCAACGAUGGCGACGCCGAAGAGGAAGAGGAAGACCACGUAGAGGGUAUCUGGGGUCAGAAUGACGACGAUGACGGCGCAAUGGACUCCGACUUUGAGUUUGUCACCGGAGCCGGCGUCGAAGACCUGGACGACAAUCCCGAGUUCGAGGGCUGGGGCUUUGACGGCGCCAAAAAGGCCAUGGGCCAAGGCAGCGGGGUUGAUCUGGACGAGAUUAUCCGGAGGAGAAGGGAGAAGAAGGAAGGGGCGACCAAAGGUACCGCGGAGCCGGAAUCCAAGACAGAAGAGGAGGUCGAAGCGCUGGGCCUAGACGACGACGACGAUGAAGUCCUAGCCAAGGAUGCCUUUGGAAUGGGUGCCGGCUCAGAAGACGAGGACUCUGCAGAAGCUUCCGGGGAACAAGGUGGAUCGGAAGCCAGCGAAGGAGAGGAGGGCGACAGCGACAACGAAUCUGUUGCCAGCCCAGUUCCACACCCAGAUGAUGAUCAAGAAUCCGAAUCUGAGCAGGAUGACGAUGAAGAGGAAGCGGCCAAAAGGAAAGAGUUCUUCGCGGCAGAUGAGCCCAAGUCCGACACCAACAAGGGCAGUGCGUCAUUCCAGAGCAUGUCCCUGUCUCGCCCAAUUCUCAGGGGCUUGACAAGUGUUGGCUUCGUAAAACCCACUCCCAUCCAGAGUAAGACUAUUCCCAUCGCUUUGAUGGGUAAGGAUGUGGUUGGUGGUGCCGUCACCGGAUCCGGAAAGACUGCUGCGUUCGUCGUGCCCAUUCUGGAGCGUUUGCUCUACCGUCCCAAGAAAGUGCCGACGAGUCGAGUGGUCAUAUUGGCACCGACGCGUGAGUUGGCCAUACAGUGUCACGCAGUUGCCACCAAGCUAGCCAGCCAUACCGACAUCAAGUUUUGCUUGGCCGUCGGAGGUCUCAGUUUAAAGGUGCAAGAGUCAGAACUACGCUUGAGGCCCGACGUGAUCAUUGCAACGCCUGGACGUUUUAUCGACCACAUGCGCAACUCGGCCAGCUUUGCCGUAGAUACCGUGGAAAUCUUGGUUCUCGACGAGGCUGAUAGAAUGUUGGAGGACGGUUUUGCCGAUGAGCUCAAUGAAAUCCUGACAACGCUGCCAAAGUCACGCCAGACCAUGCUGUUCUCGGCCACCAUGACGUCUUCCGUCGACAACCUGAUCCGUGUUGGUCUCAACAAGCCUGUCCGCCUGAUGGUAGACUCACAGAAGAAGACGGUGGUAACGUUGACACAGGAGUUUGUGCGACUUCGACCUGGAAGGGAGGAGAAGCGCAUGGGAUACCUCGUCUACUUGUGCAAGAAUUUGUACACCGAGCGUGUUAUCAUAUUCUUCAGGCAGAAGAAAAUCGCCCACCAUGCUCGCAUCAUCUUUGGUUUGCUUGGCUUAUCCUGCGCGGAACUCCACGGAAGCAUGAGCCAAAUACAGCGUAUACAAAGUGUCGAGGCAUUCCGUGAUGGCAAGGUUUCCUUCCUGCUCGCGACGGAUCUUGCCUCUCGUGGUCUCGAUAUCAAGGGAGUCGAUACGGUCAUCAACUACGAGGCCCCGCAAAGCCUUGAGAUUUAUGUGCACAGAGUCGGUCGAACAGCGCGAGCAGGUCGCAGCGGUACAGCCAUCACUCUUGCCGCUGAACCAGACCGCAAAGUCGUCAAGGCGGCAGUCAAAGCUGGCAAGGCUCAGGGUGCCAAGAUCUCAAGCCGCAUCAUCGACGCGGCUGACGCAGACAGCUGGCAAGCCAAGAUUGACGAGCUCGAGGACGAGGUAGAGGCUGUGAUGCGCGAGGAGAAGGAAGAAAAGGUUCUCGCCCAGGCGGACAUGGAGAUGCGCAAGGGAGAGAACAUGAUACGAUAUGAAGACGACAUUAAGGCACGGCCGAAGCGGACAUGGUUUGAAACCGAAAAGGACAAGAAGGCCGCCAGGGAAGCUGGCCGGGCAGAAUUGAACGGCGUGCGAGAGGCUCUCAAGAAGAAGCACGGUGGCAAGAACCUGAGUAACAAAGAUAAGAAGAAGCUGGAUGCCAUGGCCGAGGCUAAGGAGGCUAGGGUCUGGAAGAAGGGCGCAGCAGAGAGAGCAGGAAAAGGCGCUGUGCUCAACUUUAAAAAAGAUCGUGGCUCCAAGAAGAAAGGUCCUGUCGCGGGCGGUAGGGUGGCCAAGAAAGGAGCCCCCAAAGGAAAGCCAAGGAGGCGAUAA